ACGAUAGUUCGACGUGCUUUUCGGUUCAAACUCGUGGCUAUUCAGAUUCUCUCUUGGAGGAAGGGCGAUCCACUCGGUCUCCGUCUCACUCUAGGCCAGAGAAGACAGGGAGAUAAAAAGGGAGAGAAGGUCUUCCGGAAAAAUUCCCCGAGGCAAACGUUAUCACCUCUUAGCAGCCUGCACGCGAUUUGAGACGAGUGUAAGCCUCCUCCUGGAGAGAAGGAAAACGGAAACGUUGGGGAUUAGCCGGGCACAAAAGCAGAGCUGGAGCUGGUCAUUAGAUAGACGUAAUAUUGCCGCCUUAAGAAGUUGUGGAAAAUAGCUGGGUGUGAAUGGCCGCGCUGGCAGCUUUUGCGGAGAAAGCCGCUUCGGGAGCGUCGUGUUGGCUUCUGCUUUUAAUCCUGCUACCUUCUCCGUCGACGUGUCAGGACCAGCACCCGACGACUUCGACUACUUCGCCCGAGGACACCUCUACUACACCUAGCCCUAUAGACGACGUCAGCGCUCCGGCCGCCGGUUAUCUGGACAACGAAGUUCCGUCCUUACCAACGCCCUUGGCACAAAAGAAAGGGACAACGGCGCUACCCCCGUACAAGCCGUACAAGGGCGGAGCCAGAAGUCCCGUGUACCAGGGCACCUUCCGAGCAUGCUCAUCCCACGAGGACUGCCUGCCGGACGAGUGCUGCAUCUAUGGCCUGAGCAGGGGCGACAGCUGCGUCAAGCACUUCAAGCCCUGUCCCAUCAUUAAGGUGCCCGUGCGGCCUCGGCCCCGCUUCUGCCCGCCGUACAACAGCGGCGGCUUCUUCUUCAACGUGUGCACGGCGCCCGAGGACUGCCCGUACCCGUACCUGUGCUGCCGCCUCCGGGGCUCGUACUUGUGCGUGCCCUCGUUCUACGACCGGCGCCGCAGACGGCGGCGUCACGCGAUCGCCGGCCAGCGUGACGAGCACGACCACAACGUCGAGGCGUCGAAGUGGCGGCACGCGAGUGAUGCGGCUUUGUCUUCCUAAGAGCCCGUAGUAAACGUGACGCUAAUCACCCUCCGUCUGUGAGCUCAAGUAACUCUCGCACGAGAGUCUUUCUUUGUCCAAUUACGUGUGUGCUUCCAUCCCCGUUACCUUGCUUUAGGUGCAGAGACGUGUGCCAAGGAGGCUGCGGGCCUUGAUGGCUCGUUCACCGGCUGUAACGUGUACUUUGAGAAGAAAAAAAAAUCCUCGCAGAUCCGACGUGCUGUGAAAAUCGGUUUAAGUGAUGCUUCCAUUUGUGCUUUCAAAACUAAAGAAAAUAACUCUGUUCUCAAGUCAACGACGAUUUUAAAGUUUGGAAGACACGUUGGUAGCAUUUUUUCCGGGAAACGCCUAAAGCAACCUAAAGUUGUGGCGCUCGAACGUAAGCAUUCCACGCAGGACCAUGAAGGAUAGAGUACGAUGAAAUGACGGUGACCGUGUGGCGACGACCGCAUGAUGACACCGGAGUGACUACGAGAGAAUGAUGACGAUUGAGCGACUAUGACGAUUACGAUGACGUAAUUAAUGGCGACUUUGAAAGGACGAUGACAAUGACAUGCCGUGAAAUGUAUGACGGCGACUGUAUGAUCACGAUGCAGUGAAGAUGGUGCCAUGACAACGGCAGCAUGACACCCUUGUCGUCACCCCAUCGUCCUCAUGCCGUCGUUGCCACGCUGGCUUUAUAUCAGCGUCAUAACAUUGUCAUCGUGCCAUAGUUGUCAUAAUGCUUUCAUCCAUCCAUAGACGUGAUUGCGUCGUUGUCACUGCGUUGUUGUCAUACAGUCACGGUCAUGCUGUCAUGAUCUUGGCCGAUUCUGGUGCGCGAGUGUCGUAGCAAAGAGGGCCAAAUGCCGAAGGGAAAGUACAUUGCGUAUAGCUGAAGCAAGGGAAAUCUCAGAAUAACCUCCGCAGAUUCUACAUAACGGUGUCUUCAGCAAUUCGGCAUGUCGCUACAGUGCUUCAGCGCUCAUCGUAUUAACGUCGACAGUCAUCGUGUGAAGGGUUCUACCGGAAUUGCCUCUACCAGGAGUUGUGACUACUGAUUAUGCCUGCCAAUUAGUUUUCUUUCUUUUGCGUUAUCGUCUGCUCUUUUAUAUUUUAUGAGAGACUGAUCAUGAAACCCCGUAGGCGUGCGUCUUGGAUUGCAACUGUUACAGCGGAAUCUACAUGACAUUACUUGUCACCGCGACUACACAGCGAUGCCAGGAAUGACUCAUCAUCAUCAUCAGCAGCAGCA